CGGAGUGCGGGCGCGCCCGGAGCGCCCCGCGAGCGAGCACCUGACGCGGCUGAGAACGGCUUGGCUGCAAGCACGGAGCCCUGAAAUGGCGAAAGCUCCGCGCCCAGCUGGCCCGUGCCGGUUUGGUGGCGCCCAGCGGCACAUGCAGAGCGUCCUCAGGGACUCCGUGGAGAGCUCCGAUGAUGAAUUCUUCGAUGCACGAGAAGAGAUGGUGGAAGGAAAAAGUGCCAUUCUUAUAGGCAUGAGCCAAUGGAACUCAAAUGACCUUGUUGAGCAGAUAGAAACAAUUGGGAAGCUGGAAGAAAAUCAAGGUGAAGAGUCUGCGUUUUGCUCAUCUGGCUUUCUGCAGGAAAAACAAUGUGAAUUAUAUAGAACCUCUUUAAGAAAACAAAGGUUCCCUGCACAAGGUAGUGUUGAAAUACAGGAGGACAAUGAGGAAGGAGUUCAACACCAGAACUGCAAAACUCAUGUGUUAAUUUUGAUCCUACAUGGAGGGAACAUCUUAGACACUGGAGGUGGGGACCACAGCAGCAAGCUGGCAGACAUCAACACCUUCAGUUCUGUGUUUGAGAAGGUUACCCGAGCCCAUUUCCCUGCCUCCUUGGGCCAUAUCCUAAUGAGACUUGUUCCCUGCCCAGCAAUCUGUUCAGCAGCUUUCUCUCUUGUUUCCAACCUAAAUCCCUACAGCUAUGAUGAGAGCUGUCUCAGCAGCAGUGAAGACCACAUCCCACUGGCUGCCUUGCCUUUGCUGGCUGUUUCAUCCCCUCAGUACCAGGAUGCCGUUGCCAUGGUGAUCAGCAGAGCCAAUCAAGUUUACAAUGAGUUUCUCAAAUCUACAGAUGGGGCUGGUUUUAAUGGACAGGUGUGUCUCAUAGGUGACUGCAUUGGCGGAAUUUUGGGCUUUGAUGCCAUCUGCUAUAAUUCUAAUACAGCUGAUGAGAGUCGAAACAGUAGCAGGAGAGGAAGCAUCAGCAGCAUCCAGGAUAAUCCCCUCUUAGCAGAGGACUCCAGUCUGGGUGACAGCAAACACCUGAGCAAAAGCAAUAUUGACAUCUCGGGAAUCAUGGAGGAUGAGGAGCCAAGGCAGCCGUUGCCUCGGAAACAAAGUGACUCCUCCACCUAUGACUGUGAUGCUAUAGCCCAGCAUCAUGCUCUCCUGUCUAGCAUCCACUCAAGUGUGUUGAAAGAUGGUGCAGACCUUCCUCCUGUGGAUUCCAGUCUCUCAGAAGUAAACCUGGGCCGAUUUGAAUUUGAGGUGUCUGAUUUCUUCCUCUUUGGGUCGCCACUUGGUUUGGUGCUGGCCAUGAGGAGCACUGUUCUGCCUGGACUGGAUGUGUGCCAGGUCCGACCAGCCUGCAGCCAAGUGUACAGUUUCUUUCACUCUGCUGACCCCUCUGCCUGCAGACUUGAACCAUUGCUGGAAAAAAGAUUCCAUCUUCUUCCUCCAUUCAGUGUCCCACGGUACCAGAGAUACCCACUAGGGGAUGGAAGAUCUCACCAAUUAGGUGAUGCUCUCCACAACCACAGUGCUCUAUUCCUUGAGAACAGCUCUUUGAACAUACCUUUCUCUCAGGAGAGUUCUGGAUCUCCAAAUACAUCUGAUCAACCACAAGGGAAAACAAGAAAGUUGAGCUUGGCCAGCACAAACAGUGAAAACUCAGGGUCAACAGAAAGCUUGCCAUCAGCAUGCCUCACCAACAUUACUGCAAAGUGGUGGGGAACAAAACGAAUAGAUUAUGCCUUGUAUUGUCCAGAUGUGCUGACAGCCUUUCCAACGGUGGCCCUUCCACAUCUCUUCCAUGCCAGCUACUGGGAGUCAACAGACGUUGUGGCUUUCAUUCUAAGACAGGUGAUGAGGUAUGAAAAUACAAAUUUCAAGGAAAAUGACAACCUGGAUCCAGAAACACUAAGUCCAUCUAAUCCACGAGAAAAAUGGCUACGCAAAAGGACACAUGUCAAAUUGAGAAAUGUGACUGCUAAUCACCGAGCUAAUGAUGUCAUUGCAGCAGAAGAUGGUCCUCAGGUACUAGUUGGGCGCUUUAUGUAUGGACCUCUGGACAUGGUGGCUUUAACAGGUGAAAAGGUGGAUAUCUUCAUAAUGACUGAGCCAUCUUCGGGUAGGUGGGUGUACUUUGACACAGAGAUAUCCAACAGCAGUGGCCGGAUAUCAUACAACAUACCUGAACAGAAGAGACUGAGAGUUGGUGUGUAUCCCAUCAAAAUGGUGGUCAGAGGGGACCAGAGCAGUGCUGCAAGUUACCUGACGAUACUUCCCCGAGGAAUGGAAUGUGUUGUGUUCAGCAUUGAUGGUUCAUUUGCAGCAAGUGUUUCAAUUAUGGGAAGUGACCCCAAAGUCCGAGCAGGGGCUGUUGAUGUUGUCAGGCAUUGGCAGGACCUGGGAUAUCUGAUUAUCUAUAUCACUGGCCGUCCAGAUAUGCAAAAACAGCGUGUGGUUUCAUGGUUGUCUCAACACAACUUCCCACAAGGGAUGAUCUUCUUCUCAGAUGGACUGGUUCACGACCCACUGCGACAAAAGACCAUUUUUCUCCGGAAUCUCAUGCAAGAGUGCCACAUCAAAAUCUGUGCCGCAUAUGGUUCCAUGAAGGAUAUUUCUGUGUACAGUGUCUUGGCUCUGUCACCAUCCCAGAUCUACAUAGUUGGACGACCCACAAAGAAAUACCAGGCACAGUGUCAAUUCCUCAGUGAAGGUUAUGCAGCCCACUUGGCCUCGCUGGAGUUCAGUCUCCAUUCACGACCCAAAAAGAACAACUCUCGGAUGAUCUUGAGAAAAGGUAGCUUUGGCCUCCACUCCCAACCUGAGUUUCUGCGCAAGAGGAACCACCUCCGCAGGACUAUGUCUGUGCAGCAGCCUGACCCACCUUCCUUGAACCCCAAGCCAGAGCGUGCCCAGAGCCAACCUGAAUCAGACAAAGAUCACGACAGGCAUUUGCCCUCCAUUGCUUGGGUUCGAGGUGUUCACAAAUUUGAAUCUGUUCCCUAGGAAGAUUGGGAAUGUAGAUCUUGGGUGCACCCCAUUAAACUUGUAGGCAUGCCUCAAAGAUAAUAUUUAGGCAGCUCCAAACUAAGAGAUGUAGACGGGAACCUGUACCUCAGAGUCUUCCCUGUUCUGAAAUCUGCCUUCUUAUACCAAGUGGGGAACUUGCAGUUUGCUCCUCUUGUCAUGUUUAUUGGGAGAUUUUAAAACAACCUAAAACUAUUGCAAGUGGUUACAACAUCAAAGCAAAAGGAAAUAUCUUUGAUUAUUUUUUACAAUAUGUGCAAUAAGAGAAAGAGCUAAAGCAGGCUGAUUUUACUCAGAAGAAGGGUUGUAGUAUGAGCUAACUAGCUGCAUCCAAACCAGUAUAAAAUGGUAGGUUGCAUAGGUUACAGAGAAGGUUUACACUUUAAAUAGUCCUGUCUGUUUCCACUUUUCAGUAAAGUGGCACACUUGCAAGGGAAGCAGAGAUGAGAACUACAAUAACAGGUGGUCAGUUUGUAUAACAAUAUGCUUUUUGGGUGCUUUAAGCCCAAGAUUUCCUUUCAGCUUGCAGUGAUGGUAAACAGACUCCAACAUCAGCACUCAUGUUUGUGUGAGGUGCUGGACAAAUAAAUAAGAACUUCACUUAUGAACCAAAUUAUAAAAACUUCAUGUUAAAAAUAAAUGUGUCUGCCACAGUUUGAAGCAGUUAGUGUUGCUAUAAACAAAUAAUGUGCAACUGUACGAAGAUCACACUGUUUUGUGGAAUUUGGUGACUGUGCAGAAAUGUGUGGACUACUUCAGUAAGGAGAUGGCUUUGCCCAUCUCAGUCCGAGAGUCAGAUCUUAAGAGGGUAAGCUAAAAGCAACCCUUUUACUAAGGGAUCUGCAAACUCCAGGGGAAUCUUUACACUGGAGGAAAAGAAAAGUAAUGAGGUAUAUCGGUGAAUUGUUUACCUUCUCAUGCUUUAUAGCAACUGCUGUGUUAAGACAAUCUGUAGCAUUCAGAAUUACAGCAUUUGAGCUUCAAAGAAUGGACACGCCAAAUUACAGGUGCCAAAUAGACAUUUUUCUACAGAUUUAAAUUUCUAUCUGAUCUCCCACUGGUCUUACUAGAAGUAAAAUAUGUGACAUUUUCCUUAAGUAGUAUAAGUAGUAAUAUUUCUGAAGUGUUGUAGUUAGUUUAACAUAGUAGCAGUUUGCAGAUUCUUCAUGCAGAUACUUCCACUGAGAGAAAUUCAUCAAGAGAACUUUCAUGACUGAACUGAUUCAUGUUUUAAAACCUGCAAUGAAGUUACAAAUGCACAUAAAACCCCCUUUUUUAAAAAGUUACAACAAGACUAUUGACACCGAGAAAGCUCGAAGUCAAUAGGACAUUUCUUUUUCAGGUUGGUUUGUUAGUUUUUAAUUUCAGGGAAUUGGGGUGGAGAGGGUGUUGUGCCUCCCCACUCCCCUUUCAGGUUUUUGUAUACGAGAAACAGUCUCUCAACAAGUUGGUUAAUGAUUUUGAUAGUUGACGGUAAAACAAGUAAGAAAUGCGAUGGAAAACUGUCAAGACACUGCAGCAGUAAACCUAAGUCUCUACUCCCUGUUAACCCUAAAGUUUCAGUGUGCUUUUGGAAGGGCAUAGGAAUGCAGCUUUUGACUUAAAAGGCAACAAAAUAUCUUAUAAAGGGAGAUCAGAUAUUUUCAGACAUAACUUGGCAAGAUUGUCAGUUAUCUAUUUCAAACUUCCUGAAAUAUCUCUGGCACAUCAGUAAUUUCUUUUUAGUGUAAUGCAUCCUUUAAGGGAACACAUUAAAAAGAUUUAGGAAAGAUGUAAAAAGUUUGGAAGUUCACACUUACUGGGAGCAGGUAAAUACAGGGGGCUGGGUUUUUAUGCUGUUACCAAGUCAGGCAGCUACAAAAGCUAAAGGAAAGAUAAUUCGCAAACUACAUUGAAAGCAGUCUUCAGGUUUACAAAUGCUUUACCAGUAGUAUCACAGUUCCUUAACCCACAAAAUUGGAGGAAUUAUUCUGUGCUCUAUCUUGGCCCACUGUGUGUAUUAGUUCUAAUCACAGAGUCCAUUUCUUUUUGUGUGCUCUGCUCUAGGAGGACAUUGCACGGGUACACCAGACUCCAUUUCCCUCCAGUGACUUCACUGUUAGCAGGCUCCUGCUUCUUAGAUUUAAAUAGGCAUGGGAGUACAAGGCUUGUGAGUGAGGAACUCACUAGGCAAAUUGCAAGUUUGCUGAGGGGACCUAAAAGCAACAUUGACUGAUCACAAAGUUCAUUCUAAGCACUGAAUGUUUCGUAACAAGUCUUCUGAUAGCAAUCACUGUUCCGGCUGCUAAGUUCAAAGCUACUGUUGCUUUAGCCAUCUACCUCUAUCAUCCAAGAGACUCCAAAAUUUGUUUUUUGUUUUAAAUUGUUGUAGUAGAAAGGUUGACUUCUUUUCAGAAGAGAGAUCUGGGUGUAAUUCUGUGACUGUGACUGUACUGAAGAAAAUAAGUGUCUGAGCACAAGGUUAGAGAAAUCUCCUAGGUUUCUCUAGAAAAGGCUGUCUUUUACUCUUGGAGACAUAAUGUCAUUUUGCAGAGUACCAUGUCAUCUAAAUUCUAAUUUUGUGUAUUUUCAUUAAUGGCUGGGUCACCUUGUCAUCUUUAUAGUAGUCAGUGUGCUGGCUUCCCUUGAGAAUAUUACAAGUGUAUAGCAGUAAAACGAAUACAUGUGUGUGCAUGUGAUUUAGAGUGGUAACAGUUUCAAAGUUUCUACAUGUGGUAUUGAAAUCAAGCUGAAAAUAUUUUCCCUAACUUUGUUUCCAUACAAUAUAUGAGAACUUAAGUGAACCAUGACAGUGGCAUUUGCAUAAUUCCAGCACUGCUUAUUGCUCAUUGAUAGAGUUGCUUUAUCUCCUGAUCACAUGCUCCAGCUGAGCACUUUGGCAAAACAGUGAUACAGGCAUUAGCUUGGAGGUUAAGGCUUCCAGCUAAUUAGGAACUGAUCUUCUGAAACAUCAAAUGCCAGGUGCAUUGGUUUUGAAAGCACCAACCAGUUGCCACUAAAAUGGUAAAACAGCUUCUGUUGGAGCUGAGAGCAUGAACAAGGUGAUUGUGAUUUUAGGCAUCUCAGAACUAGGCUGGCAGUUCAACAGAUGUUCUGUGGCAAUAACUGGAAACCUCAUGCAUGUUGAGCAACUAGUUUUUCAUGGGAUUUUUUAGUUUUUUUCCCCCAGCUAUACUUGGGGUAGUCCUGGGUUUGCCUAAUGAAUCUCUAGUUUUAUAGUAUAAUUAUUCUACGUUUUCUCUUAGAACAUUCCUUUGUGGUCAGAAUUUUAGUUACACAUUUUGUCCACAUGAAACUGCAUGCAGUGGUUCGUGGGCAUUCAGCUUGCAAUUGGAUUUCAGUUUUACCUGUGUUUUCAUGGAAGAUCAGUCCUCCUAAGCAGGCUAUUUGCUGAGGAUAAGUUUGAGCCUACAGCCAUCCUAUUCUCUGAUUGCAAGUCCUCAUUGCUGCAGUGUCUGUGCGGUCAGCACUUAAACUAUGUAGGCUAUGAAAGUGUUAAAGCACACACAGAAGGGAAUGGGACAGAGGCUAAGGUGGGUGCCCAGGGAACAUACAAGACUCAUCAGUUGUUUCAGCACCUUUAGUGCCUCCAGUCUGUAACAGAAAAGCACAUUCUUUUAACCUGCUGAAUGGAGGAAGCAUAAAUGAAAUUGUACAACAUAAAACUGUUAGUCCAGUGGGUGCUAAGGCUGCAGUACAAGUCAGUGCAAAGUAAGCCACCAUUGGAAGCAUUUACUUCGUUGUCUUGUUGAUAUGGAUCCAUUUUAAAUUACUGUAAAAAAUGGCUGUGAUUAAUAGCAGUGGUAGAGUUAUCUGAGAUAUUGUAAAAACACACCUUCACAACUGUGGUGUUUUGGUUUUGUCUGUGUGUAUGUGUGUGUAGCUACUGGAAGACACUAAAGUUUUGGUUCUGCUUUCACAACAAAUUUGUAACCGAUAUACUUAAAAAAACCCAAACAAACAAAACCAAAAACCAACAAAACAACACCAACAAUGGCUGUUUAUUCAGUUUUGUUGUAUAGUUAGGUAAGUUUGGAAAAAGAUACCAUUGUAUAGAAUGCAGACUAUUCCACAGACCCAAAUAGUGAUGUUGGUCCAAAUCUGCUUAUUUUUAAUAACUUGUUUGUUUGUUUGGAUACACUAGUGCUCUUGGAAUAGAUUCUUGCUUGAUCAGAGUAUUCUUGUUUAGUUUUGUGGCAUGGUUUAUAUCUAUUCAGCAUAAAAUUUUGUUAGCUGUAAAAAGGACACUGUUGAUAACUCUUGUUCACUGGGGUUCAUGAGAGCUGUCAUUUUGAUUUGUUUACAUUAAACUAGUCUUAAUUUUUACAGAUUACUUCACCUGUUCCUCUAAUACCUAGGGAAGUCACUUCUAAACAGCUAAAACUUUCACUGGCUAUGCAGAAGUGGAACUAUCAGUAAACUAGAGGAAAAAGAUCACGUACCUUAGUCUACACAGGACAAUGACACUUUAUCCAGAAGACCCACCAUUCUGCAAAAUUGCCUUUGUUUGCCAGUUUGUUGGCAAACAGUUGUUCUGUUUAUACAUUGCAGUCUUUCUUUAUCCAGGACACUUCUAAUAUGUGUAUUUAAGCAAAUCCCCAAUAUUUAGCUCCAUAGUAUCAUCACGUACUUCAUGGAAUAAAUUUGGAAAGGGAAAAAAAGAAUUUUUUCCUGUUUUCUAUAUUGUUUUCUGUUUUUAAUUUGUAAAAACUUUCUUUAUGAGUGUUUUUUAAUAAUACCUGAAACCUAGGUAUUUUUAGGUUUUUAAAUUUUUACGUGCAACAUUUGUUACUGAACAAAUAGGAUUUCCCCUAGGGUUUUUUCCCCUCUUGUCAUCUAAGCCAUAAAAAGGUGAGCACAUCAUAAUAGUACUAGAUAACUGGAGCAUGGGCACCUUUUUGAUAAGCUCAUUGGCUUAAAAAUGGAGAGAAGAAGAGAUUGUGCACGCUCAUUUCAUUGUUUUUCUGAUUAGAGAUUGACAUGGGGAAUCUGAACAUCAGAUCUCUGCAUUGAUUUGUUCAUGUCAGGCUUGCAGGGGAGAAAGUGGUACUUUCCAUCCUCAUCUGGAGCUGGUACAGGAUAGAAUUCCUACAGACACAAAACUUUCUAGUCUCUGGCCUCAGCUUCUCUAAGAGCAAUGAUUCCUCGUGGUCCUUGUUCACAGCUUCAGCAGAAAUUGUGGGUUUGUCAAGGUAAUUAAGACUACCAUGAUGUUUAGUCACUCAAGUUAAAUAUAGGUUCCUACAGAUGAUCCUAAAUUCAGACCCACUCAUAAAAAAUGGAAGUAAUAACACAUUUUCUGGAUGAAAAGUUUUAUUUUUCAGACAUAAGAAAUGGCCUGGAGCAGCUAGAAUCCUGUGCCAUGGAUUCUGGAAUUGAAGUCAGAUGUUGGCAAUUCCUCUUUGUUUCAUUUUAGUUCAAGCCCAACUUACAGGGAUUGUUACAGUUUACCCUCUACUUGUAUUUAUCUCAUUAAGCUACCUUUGAAACUGGAUUGAAUUUGGGGGAUUUGGGGAAUAUGAAACAAAUCCGACAGUUCAUUGUAAGGAUGUACAGAAUUUAUGAGGGGAAAGAAAGAGAGAAAGGUUUACUGUGACGUGCUAGGGGAUGGUAUACUAGAGAUUGCAACACUGAAACAUGAUUUACAGAUAGAAAGUUUGAAAGGUAAGGUUAUUUCUGGAUGACUGGUGUACAGCCCAGAAUGGCAGUCCUCUCACAGAACCCCAAGCCUUCUGCAUAAGUUAUUUUUCUAUUUGUGGGGCAGAAAAGGGGCAGUCCAUUUACAACUGAAUUCAUACAAGGAAACUUGAAAUUGUAGGUGUUCUUUCAGUCUGUAGUUUUAUUAAGUGCAUACUUUAAAUAUUGUUUGUCAGUGAGAAGGUUCUGUCUGGUGACAAAUGUUUAUAUUUCUUAUGGCUGCCUUGUAAAGAUCAGAAAAUGUACAAUAAUGAAUUUCUUAAUAUGAAAUAAGGAGUAAGAUUUCUACAACUGCUAUAGAUUUUGAUGUGAGCUGGUUUUUAAAAUCUUAUAACAGAUUACUCACUUAAAUAAAACCUUCCUUGCCUUUAA